AUGAAGGAAGAAGCUUCCAGGGACACACCAGAAGGCUCGACUGCCGGCGACGAUCAGUCGAACUCGAAAGCGAGUCUCGCCUCCAAAGAUCGCAAAUGCCAGUACUGCCAGCAAGCUUUCACCUCCUCAUCCCUAGGCCGACACCUCGAUCAAUUCCUUUUUAAAAAGAAACCGGACGGUAUCCACGAUGUUGAAGAGAUCCGCCGAAUCCGCAGUGGAAUCACUCGUCGCCAGGCUCGCACGUCUUCAGGAAAACACGAGGAAAGUCCCGAAAGGGCCCAGAAAAAGACCACGUCGGACUCCUACGCAACAGCCGACACGGGGUCGAAGUCGCGGGAUGCUCCGGUGCGCAUGAUGUUCAACACGCCCACCUGGCAUGCCACUGGAGUAAUCAAUGAUAUCCCCAAUACCAGUCGCACGCCGGAUGGGCCUCAAAUUGCGCCGUCGCAAUCUCGCGCCGGGUCGUUACAGCUGCCAGACUACGCGAGCAGGGGCGCUGGUUCCACCAAACCAGAUACCAUGCGAGCGUUGGAGCUGGCGCUGCGCGAAGUUCUCGAUAACAUCAAAGCUGCAACCUCCCGUAUACGACCUCGCCUGUCUCCGUUUGAAUUCGAGAUUCAAGCUCAAACCUUCCCCUCCUUGUGCCUGCAAUUACUCCCUCCCCCACCAAGCCUGUUUGCACCACAACCAUUUACAUCCUCGGAUUCGUUCCCACUACAGGCCCCCGGCGCCGAGCAUCGUGAUAUCGUUCGUCAAGCGCUCCGAUCCAAGGUGGCACAAUGGCAGACCGAACAAAUCGCCGCAGAAUCUCACGUGAAACACCACCAUAGCGGGUCGGACCAGAGCAUGAUAUACCGCAAUGCACAGCAGCACGAGGAGAUGAGCAUCCGACACUUGGAUUUAGCCUUCAACCAUUGGAACUCCCUUACUUAUGAGACCCGUCGCGACACCUGGCAGCUCGAAAUCAUGCGCGCAUUCGCCCGGGAGUCAGAAAAGCGAAAGUCUGGAGAUGAACAGCUUGCCCGUGUGCAACAGGAAGCAAAUCAGCUCCGUGCCCAAGUCGAGCGCCUCGGAUCAUGCCAAUGGCCCCGGGAGUUUGCGCUAUUCCCCCCAGACACACUGCCCCUUCCCCGGGAAGUAGCGCGGGAACUAGAUGUCCAGAACAGCCAAAUCGGUGCCGACUCGACAAGAUGGAACUAUGACAACGUGCUCGCAAAAUGGAAACGCGUCGUCAUGCACGAUAAAGGCAUGGGUCGGAUCGGCGUUGGCUAUGGGAAUCCCAGCCCGCUGAUAGACACCGAACAAGGCCAGCCACAGCCUGGGCAAAGUCCAGACCUUCGCCCACCGCGUCCCGGUGAGGAUUCAUCCUCUCAUCCAAACCGUUUGCGUCCUCUCCAAUCCGCCGCUGCUCUCAGUCCAGAUGUUGGCGCUGCUUCUACACCUGCUUCAUCCACCCACUAUGCUUCACCCCACUCCUAUGCAGAUCCUCGUAGCCCACCCAGUGGGUUGCCACAGGCCAAACGUCCGCGCCUCAUGAAUGGCUCUGAGGGACCACCGGGGUCAUUAAUCGAAUCUGGUCCUUCUCCUGCGCAGGGAUCUGCGAUUGGUAAACCAUGGGGACCUUCCACGCCACAUCUUUCCAACAUUGCUGCGCCAUCGGGACAAAGGCCUCCUACAUCUAUGAACUGA